CACAUGCUGAAGGAGAAGGCCGAGAUCAACCCGGAGCUGGACGCCCUGCUGGGCAGCGCGCUGCAAGAAAACGGAGACGACAGCAGCAGCGACGAGUCGACGCCCAGUCCGGCCACAGAGGGAAGCACCCUGGCGUCGGAUUUAAUGAAGCUAUGUGGUGAAUCCAGACCAAGAAAGGCUCGAAGGCGGACCACCACCCAGAUGGAGCUGCUGUACGCCAGCAGUGGGGAUUUGUCCUGCGAAUCGCCCACCGGAGACUUCUCGGCCCCUCUGCUGCCCCUCGCCGAGCGAGUGGAAGCGCUGGCAGACUUGCAGGGUCAGGCGCUCGGUCAAACCCCCGACCGAGAGCAAACUGUUUCCCCAUCUGCCCUGUCUGCCAGGCCAGCUGGCAUUUCUGGAUGCAGGUCGCCUACAGGGAGGCAACCUGAGCGCUCGCCGCUCAACCGUAGGAGGAUGCAAGACAAAGGACCGGCGUCGCACAUCCCGGCUCCUGCACCUCACGUCAGCACAGCGGAAACCAAGACGAAAGCCAGCGACUACAAAUCACUGUUGGAUGAAUCACCUGUAUUUGAAGGCCACAGAGGCGUGAUCAACCCUGUGACGGCCCCUAAAAACAGCCGAGGGGCCAAACUCCAGUGUGUCUACAUAGCCGAGGGCCACACCAAGCCUGUCCUCUGCGUGGACGCCACCGAUGACCUGCUCUUUACCGGCUCGAAGGACCGAACAUGCAAAGUUUGGAACUUGGUGACGGGUCAGGAGAUCAUGUCUUUAGCAGAUCAUCCCAGCAGUGUCGUCUCAGUCAGAUACACGUCCAGCCUCGUCUUCACCGUUUCCACCGCUUACAUCAAAGUCUGGGACAUACGAGAUUCUGCAAAGUGCAUCCGCACGCUCACGUCUUCGGGCCAAGUGGGUUCAGGAGACACGUGUUCGUCUGUCAGAAGUUUAACCAUCCCACCAGGAGAGAGUCAGAUCAACCACAUCGCCCUCAACCCGUCCGGCUCUUUCCUUUACGCCGCCGCCGGCAACGCUGUGCGCAUGUGGGACCUCCGCAAAUUUGUGUCUACGGGGAAGCUGACCGGCCACGUGGGACCUGUCACGUGUCUGACCGUUGAGAAGUUGGGUAACGGACAAGACGUCGUGCUCACCGGCUCCAAAGAUCAUCAUAUCAAAAUGUUUGAGGUGGCAGAAGGCGCUCAGGGCAGCAUCGGCUCCGGCCACACGUUCGACCCGGCCCAUCAGGACGGCGUGGAGUCUCUAGCUGUGCACGGAGACAUUUUCUACAGCAGCUCCAGAGACCACUACAUUAAGAAGUGGGACUUGGCCAGUAAGCAGCUGUUACAGUCGGUCAGCGCCCAGGCGGACUGGGUCAGCGCUCUGGGCGUGGUGCCGGGAUCCUCGGUGCUGCUCAGCGGCUGCAGGGGAGGGCUGCUUCGCCUCUGGCACACCGACUCGCUAGCGCCCCUCGGUGAAGUCCAGGGCCACGACAGUCCCAUCAACGGCCUGGCGUCCAACAGCAGCCAACUGUUCACUGCCUCGGACGACCGCACAGUGAAGAUUUGGGAAGCCAAAGGGUCUCUGGACGAUGGGGUUCACUGAUUCCUGAUCUGGCCUUCAAUCAAUCAACGUGAAGCAUUUGAGAAGUUUACCUAACGAUGGUCUAAACUCGAUGAAAGCGUGGCUCCCAGGCCAAAUCUAACCUUAAAAAACACUGAUCCUUGACUUGAUCAGUUUCAGGGAAAUCUAACUCGAUGCUGUCAGACUUUCCAGCUGAAUGCAGUUACAAAUAUUUUAGGUCAAGACGGAUCACGAGAAACUUGGUGGAGCCUUUCGAGUCUCGAUUAGAGCUACGAGGGCCACAGAACAGCUGCGAUGGACAGCACUUUUCACGACUGUGACGGAUCAUUUCCUUCAACAUUCCUCCGCUCGGUGCAGCGCAAGACAACGUGGAUGCCGAUUUUGCUGCUGAGAAUCAAAAGCAGGUUUUGAUGGAACGCUAUGCUUCCUUGCGCCUCUUCAUCAAAACUAAGACCGCAGUCAGACGUGGAGAUGCUAUAACUGUGAGUCUGUCCAGCGUGUUCACAUGACGUGUGCUGUGUUGUGUCUUUCUUGGCGUCGGUGUCAUUUCAGGUAAUCAAGUUAUCAAGGACCAAACGACUACUGAAACUACGUAUCUUAAUAUUCAGCUGUUACUGCCAAACCCACCACAUGGACGUAGAGGCCUCGGACGGUUUCCCCUUCGACAGGAUUCUCCGACAUUUUCCAUUUUAAAUUUCACAUUAUCGAUAUUACAGCUUUGGGAAUAAUUACUACACCAUUGAAACCACCAUUUUCUGCCUCCUCCUUUUGCGGUUCUUGGUGGAGCCAAACUGCGAUUUGUUUUUAAGGUUGUAAUAGAAAGCUGUUUUUUGCGGAUUCCAAGUUGGUUAGCAAAUGGUUCCCUCACUGUUGAGCACCAAGAUGAAAAUAUCUUCUUGUCAUAUCACAGUUCUCUUCUUUUAGGCGUAUUAUGUGUUGAAUUUAUCGAUAUACAACAUAAUAAUGGCAAUAUAUUGAGUUCUUAUAAGACUUUUUCAUGUCUUUUAGAAGAUGCUGAAAUGGCUGAGCUCCUAUGAUAAAAUUCCAUGCAAAAUUAUCAAUGUUAUGUAGACUUUGCAAAAGAAAGUAACAGGUUAUCUAAUAAUUAUUUCCAAAGCAGUAUGUUCCAAUGAAAAUGUGUUUGUCAUGGCUGAACAACAGUAUUCGUGUUGUAAGUACUGCCUUACAAAAGCAGAAAGCGCUAACUACAGAAACAAAUGGGAAAAACAAGCUUUAAAUCUGUGACCCUUUUAAUAAAUAAUCUAUAAUUUAAUUCAUUUAAAUAUAUGAAAUUAAAUUUAAGGUAGCUGAACCAUUUCAAAUCAUGUAAAUUCACCUAGUUCCAGAGGCUAAUAUGGGAUUUUACUGCCAAGCUAAGCUAGUUAGCCUAGAUAAUUAGCUAGCAGGACGAGUUUAGCCACAACUUUUUUUCUCAGUUAUGACAAAAGUAGCUACUUUCCUAUUUAUUUUUGUGUGACAAACCUAAAUUACUAAGAUACUGGAUCAUCAAAGCUUAUUUUAUUAUUAGGAAACAGUUGGGGAAACCGGCUUGAAUGUUUAAAGCUAAUUGGUCAAUUCAUGGGAAAUUUAGAGAAAUUAUGAAACUCUUUUAUUAAUGAAUUUCUAAUUGAAUACAUUUAUUUACAUUAUAAUAAAUUAGCAGUAUCUCUAUCACCCCAAAUCAUGUAAAUUCACCACUUUCAAAGGCUAAUAUAGAACUUACUGCUAAGCUAGUUAGCCUGAUUAGCUCACUAGCAGGACGAGUUUAGUCAUUGCUUUUUUCUCAACGAUGAUAAAAGUAGCUGCUGCCCUAUUUAUUGAUGAUAAGAAAACAGAAUUACUUAGAUACAGACAAAUCAAAUUGUCAUUUAACUGUCGGAAACAGGCGGUAAAUGAGCUAGCUAGCUUUAUCUAGCUAGUACACAGUCAGCGCAGUUUGCCUCUGACUCACAGUUCCUGCUUAAUUGGUAUUAAUGUAAUAGACGGUAAAACAGGCGUCACAAAGUCAA